AUGAGUGAAAAUGUUGAAACCCCUUUAGGGCCGUUUACCGACGCAGGCACUUCGAGUACAACAAGAAAUUCGAAAGAACAUCAUUUUGUUAUUUCUAAAUGUAAAAGAAACACAGCAGUAACGCCGUUGAAAAAUGACGAUCAAGAAACCGCCGAGGAAUCUGAUGUCGAAGAGCGUCUUCUGACAGUCUGCUGUAGAUCGGGCAAACUCGGAGCAGCCUGUUACACUCUACAAACGGGCGAGCUACUUAUCUUAGAAGAGAUAAUGGACCGAGCCCCAGAACACCAGAUAUUCGAAUUUCUGUACAAUCAAAUAGAGCCGGUGAAGAUAAUAAUGGACGGUAAAUCUCAAAAUACCCUCAUAAGCGCUGUGAAGAAAAUCGUUUAUGACGAUAGUAAUGAGGGGAAAUGUAAACUUUUAUUUGUAUCUGCUAAGGAAUACAAUUACGAGGCAUGUAAGCGUCGUACCCACUCCCUCUCACUCCCUCACGAGCCUUCCAACUGCACGGACGAGGAACGUCUCGUGUUCCUCCGAACAGUCGUAGACUUCGCCCAGAUCCAAACAGUGCACGCUUUAGGAGCUAUGCUUAGAUAUCUAGACCUCAAUUGGUCUAAUUUGAGCUUAAAUAUACACGGAAAACCUGAAUUUUUAAGCUUGAAGAGAAUAUCACUACAUGAUAUAGUAUCAAUGGACGAAGACACAUACCGAGGCUUACAAAUCUUCAGCGCUCUCUCUCACCCGAGUGGGUUUAAAAAGGGUGUGCAGGGGAGCAAUAAGGAAGGCCUUAGCAUCUUCCAAAUUUUUGGCAGAUGUUCUUCUAAAGUUGGACAUAGGCGUAUGAGGAUAUUACUCCGACACCCAACUAAAAACAUCGAAACGCUCAAAUGUAGACAGGAAGUCAUCGAAUACUUCAUGAGACCUCAAAACGAAUCUAUUACAAGGAACAUUUGUGCAUCUCUUAGAUUUGUUAAAAACGUUAAUGGUAUCCUCGCAAAAAUAAAAGCUUUAUCGGCAAAAGCCUACCAAUGGAAAUCACUUUACAGCACUCUAUACAACGUUGUUCUCAUUUGUGAAAUAUGUGAAAAUGCUGGACAUAUUUGCGAAUAUUUGAAGCAGUUAGCUAACUUCGAUACUAACAAACUUUAUGAGAUGACACUGUACAUGAACCGUAUAAUUGACUUCGAUCUGUCGAAGUCUGAAGAUAAAUUCACCGUAAAAUCAGGAGUAGACCCCGAUUUAGACAUAAAAAAACAAACUAUGGCCAGUCUUCACGGCCUUAUGUCUGAAACAGCCAAGGUUGAGUUGGAACGUUUACCGACUUUCAUUGAGGAGUGUACCAUGUUAUACAUGCCACAUUUGGGAUACUUACUCGGAGUUAAAGCUUGGAAAGAAAAUCUUACGAUGGAUGAGAAGGAAUUGCCCAAUAUGAAAUUUAUGUUUCAAAAUAAUGACUACAUACACUACAAAAGCAAAGGAUGUGAAGAAUUAGACGUAAUGAUAGGCGACACGUACCCAGAGAUCGUGGCUCAUGAGACGCGGAUCAUGAUGCGGCUCACUUCCAUACUACUGGAGAAUUUACACACGCUCUCGACUGUGAUAGAUAAAUGUGCCGAAUUAGAUUGCUUAAUAACAAUGUCGAAAGUAUGCAAAGAAUACAAUUAUGUUCGACCAAAUUUAACAACGAACAAAAUUAUAGACAUAAAACAGGGCAAGCAUCCGUUGUACAUAGUGGCAAGUGAUAACUUUGUGCCAAACGAUGUCGAGUGCAGUCGGGAGGCCGGAUAUGUUAAGAUUUUAACUGGACCUAAUUCUAGCGGAAAAUCUGUUUAUAUGAAGCAGAUAGGUUUAAUAGUAUAUCUAGCGCAUAUAGGCUGCUUUGUACCCGCCGAGUCAGCCACUAUCGGAAUAGUUGGCAACAUUUAUUCCAGGAUACAGUCCACUGAAUGUAUUGCGGCUCAUAUGUCCGCUUUCCUCAUCGACUUGAGACAGAUGUCCCUCGCUCUCCAAGAAGCUACCAGCUCCUCUUUGAUCAUAAUCGAUGAGUUCGGCAAGGGAACCUCGGAGACAGAUGGCCUCGCCCUUCUCGCUGCCUGUUUGAACACGUUACUGUUUAGGGGAGAAGAUUGUCCGCAUUUGUUACUGUCCACCCAUUUCUUAAACAUCAGGGAAAUGAUUGUAGACACGCCGAUUGUCAAAUUUUUGAGAUUCGAGCAUAUCCUACAAGAUGGUGAACCAAUUUUCCUAUUCCGUGUAACGGAAGGCACGUCUGAAGCUAGUUUCGCUCACCAAGUAGCUGAAGCGAGUGGAAUUGACACAGACAUUGUCGACCGUGCGAAGAAAGUAUUAGAUGCUAUGAAGCAAAAUACCCUGCCACCUGCUAACAAGAAAAUUAUAAAUAAAAUAAAAAAUGCCAUCGAAAUGAUAAAGACAGAAAUUUUCGCCGAAGAAAUUUAUUAA